CCUGAAAUCAGUAUAAUUUUUUGACUAAAUAGAAAUGUUUCAACUUGCAAAUUUGGGUACUAACUAUAAAAUUAUGGGAGAAGCAAGGUUUCUCCGGAUACAAGAGCCAUCUUACAGAUAUGAAAUGAGAAGUGCGAGUCAUUUAAAAGCAAAAUCAACUGUAGCUAAAUUCCUACAAGAGAGAGAAAUGGGGAGGCUCUCUCUACCAAGAAAUAUGAAUGAGAAGGCAGCUUCUUUGAUAUCAAAGAGAUUAAGCAUGAAUGGACCAGAUGUUGAACAUAUAGAGAACAGUAGUCUUGCUUCUCGCAGAGAAUUUGCUGUCAAGCCAGUUAUCACUAUUGAUUUUGAGUCUAUGAACAGGCGAGAUAAUGACAGUGAUUCAAAUGAGGCUCUCACUCCAAUGACGAAGAUAUCAAAAUAAGUUCUAUAAAAAUAAGAAUAGAAUAAAUCCUCUGAAUACUACAAAGUCAGUAAGGACUCUGAAAAAGCGGAUGUACAUUCACGAGAGCAAGAGACAGAUCAAAAAGGAACUUGAACGUUUUGAGGAAUAUUGGAACAAAACAAAUAAAAAUGGACCUACAGAAGAGAGGGAUGAGAACGACAAACCUGAGGGCUUCUGUCAACCAAAAGUUAAGCUGAUAAAACCUAAGAUGAACAUCAUUAAAGAGAAUCAGAAGAAAUAUGGAAAGUCUCCUCGAAAACCUAAGCUUCUUAAUGACUUAGUUAGGGACUUCAAGAGAGAUAAAACCAAGAAGAUAAAGAACAUCGUUAAAACCAACAAAAAGCCAUUAAGCUGGACAUCCAAGAUUCUGAAGAAAACACAAAGAAAUCUGACAGUACCUGCUUUGAAGAGUGACCAGUUAAGAACGAAUAAAAAAUGAAUCAAUACUGAAGUUCAACAUCUCAAAGUUCCGAUGGAGUCUCUCCAGAUACAGAGUGAGACUUAUACUGUUCCUCAUAGCCAGCUUCCAAGAGAAAGCUUAAUGACUCAAAAUUCGAUCAAGAAGUGGAGCAUCACUCCUAUGGGAUGCUUCAAAAAGACCCAUGAGGAUAGAAAUAUAGAAAUGGAUUUAGUCGAUAAGAAGAGAGCAGCCACUCAGAGGAAUAGUAUAGAGCGAUUACCCACUAAACUCAACCUUGAUGAAAGGGAUGAUGUGACUAAUAACCAAAACUUAUCAAAAACUAUUUUAAGUUAUGAGAUGGCAGCAAAGAAUAGAAAUCAAAACCGUUCAUGAAGCCUUAGCCAGCUUAGUAACAGAAAUAAGAUGUUCAGAAAUAUUUCAGCAAAUAUUGAGAAAAUAAAAUUUGAAUGAAUGCUACAUCAAUAUGAAGCAAAUAAAGAAUACAAACAGAUAUCUGCUGCUCGAUCAGCUUUGGAGUCAGGAAAAGAUUGGGACAUCAACAAGAUGCCUAAAAAAAAGCCCCGUAAACAAAUCCAAAAAGACGAUGAAAUAAUCUGGGACCUCAUAGCCACCCCUGACAAAUACGGCACUGGCGACGCUAAAACCAACAAAAUCUUCCUAAAAAACCGCAUUAUCACAAAAUACAACAAAACCUUCAACCUCACCAAAAAAUCCCGCAUGCAUCAAAAAUCCCUGAACAUAAAAUUCUAGUACAAACUUUUCAAUA